AUGGUGAUAUUCGGUGAUGAAAAACAAAAAGGAAGACUGUUUCCAUUUUAUAAUCUAAAACUUUUUAUCAAGAUAAAUGAUAUAACAGCUAAAAAUAAAAGUUUAACGAGUCUAUUACACUUGAAACUUGACAAACAAUUCAUAAUACUAAAUAAAAAUGUUGGAUUAAAAUUAAUAGCAAGUAGACAGAUUGAUCGAAGGAUUAAAUUUAAUGGAAAGUGGUUUGCACGCGCCGGCAUGAACUUUGCUAGGCUCGAGCGAGCACGCAACUUUAUAAUCCCCGGUCGCGGUAGAGCUCCCCUGAGUCCUGUACUGACUCGUAGUCGGUUCGUACCGGUCAUUGGACCCUUACUUAGUGAGGUGAUUAAAUCUGUACCAUUUUUUAUGUUAAACACCAGGAGUGAUAUUUUAAUAACAAAAGUUGCUCUGCGAGUUUUUUACUCAUUAAAAACUCAACUGGAGGUCCGCUGUUAUCUCCUGAAUGAAUUUCCCGCUUUGAUACCGUUGAUCAAUCUGAAAUUGUUUCAGAAUGUGUCGAGUCCGAGGAAGGCUGUCUGCGGUGCCGAGGGAAUUUUUGUACGAGGUGUGCAGGUCUACUUCACCGGGGAAACUGCGUAG